GAUAAAGAAAUAAGAAGAGGGAGAAAUCUAACAUACAUUCGGACAGAAUUUCACGGUACGGGGAUGAACUUGAACUACGGAUGUUAAUCUAGAAGACAAUGUUUGACAAAAAGAAACCUUAACAAGGAAACGAAAACUGAUAGUUUCAUUUCAAGGAUCUCAAGUACAUUUGGUGAUAAUUUUUUUAAAUUUGGUAUUAAUAUUUGCUUAAAAGAAAAGGAAAAACAAAGAAUUGUCCACAUCUGCAAGUACAAAGUCGGGGAAUAUUCCGACAUUUCCUUUGGCACAAGCAAUGCCGUCGUUAACACCAACGCAACUGUGGACUGUCCCUCCUCUGCCUGGUGAUGAUGGGAAGGCUCUUGUUGUUGCUCUUGAUAUCUCCGUAUCUAUACUCUCUGCUCAUCUCCACCGUCGCUCAACCAACCAAAGAUUACCAUCAGCUACGGCCGGGUGCACCCUUCAAGAUCGCUCUGUUUGCUGACCUGCAUUUUGGAGAGGCGGAGUCCACCGAUUGGGGCCCACUCCAGGACGUGAACUCUACCAGGGUCAUGUGCUCUGUACUCGAUGAUGAAAACCCAGAUUUUGUUAUCUAUCUUGGAGAUGUGAUCACAGCCAACAAUAUAGCAAUUAGAAAUGCAAGCUUGUACUGGGAUCAGGCAGUUUCUCCAACAAGAGCCAAGGGUAUUCCUUGGGCCAGUGUGUUUGGAAACCAUGAUGAUGCAGCAUUUGAGUGGCCAAUAGAGUGGUUUUCAGCCCCUGGAAUUCCUAAAAUUCAUUGCCCUGUAGCCAAUUCAUCGUGCUCAGGGGUAGAAGAUUGUAGCUUCAAAGGCACACAACGUCUGGAGCUUAUGAAAAAUGAAAUUGAACUUAAUGCCCUAUCAUAUUCUCAAUUUGGCCCUAAAGAACUUUGGCCUAGUGUAUCCAACUAUGCCCUCCAAGUUUUUUCAUCAGAAAAUCCCAAGUCACCUGUGGCAUUUUUGUACUUCCUAGACUCUGGUGGUGGUUCCUACCCAGAAGUUAUAUCCAGCACCCAAGCAGAAUGGUUCCGGAAGAAAGCUUUAGAGAUUAACCCUGAUUCAAGGGUCCCAGAGAUAAUCUUUUGGCAUAUACCAAGUCGUGCUUAUAAGAAAGUUGCUCCAUUGUUCGGCAUACACAAGCCUUGUGUGGGUUCGAUUAACAAAGAGAAGGUAGCAACCCAAGAAGCUGAAACGGGUAUCAUGAAACUUUUGGUUGAAAGGGUUUCUGCCAAGGUGAGGCAGUGUUUGUGGGACAUAACCAUGGAUUGGACUGGUGCUGCCCUUAUGAAAAACUGUGGCUAUGCUUUGCAAGGCAUACUGGUUAUGGUGGCUAUGGAAACUGGGAUAGAGGAGCUAGAAUUGUGGAAAUCACCCAGCAGCCUUUCUCUAUUAAAUCUUGGAUAAGAAUGGAGGAUGGUAGUGUACAUAGUGAAGUUGUCUUGAGCUCAUUCAUCAACGGAAACAAAAGCAUGUAAACUUUCAAACAAUACAAUUAAAGAACAUAAAAUAAGUGGAAAAAAAAAAAAC